AUGGUUCCAGGGGAUGGACUCCCUGUUUCUGCUGCGCUGAUUUGGCAAAUACUUUCUGUAUUUGCUAGGCGUACUCAUGCAUUUGUGUGUGGGUGCGCUCUUGUUUAUGCGGAUUGUAUUCUACGAGUCAAUUCGGCCAAAAGCCUGCAAACAAGUGACUGGGAAGUAAAUGGGAGGCGGUUAGGAGCCGCAACAAAUAAGCUCCAUGUCCACUCUGAGAGAGCAUGGCAAGCUACCCGUGAGUAUACCCAGCCGUCACGUUCAAAGCCCAGCAAGCUAUACGUAGGUAUCAAAAAUGCCAAACACAGUAAAAUGAACGAGCCUCAUUCCCCUGACCCCGAAAGCGCCCCCAAUUUCGCAGCGUUUCGCAGUAGGACGAGUACGGAGAGGCUGCUAAAAUCUCAGUGCCAGUGGAAGCUGCCUGGAUUACAAAGAACUAUGGUGACGAUCUGUACCUACAAAGCAAGUGCACUUGCAUCCGAGUCCAAGAUAGAAGACUUGCUCAUGCAUGCAAGAAGGAUAAAGUACGACGUCAUCGGCCUGACCGAGACGAGAAGACGCCAGCCUUUCAACGCCGUCUAUGACACCGGAGAGGAACUGUUCCUCGGAACAUGCGACAGUAGAGGUGUAGGCGGCGCCGACGUUCUCGUCAACACCAGUUUGUCCAUGAACACCGAUCCAUUCGAACAACUUACAACCCGAAUCGGACGUUUACGAUUAAAAAGGUGUGGAUUAAUACCAGCUUUGACAAUCGUUGUUCACACACCGCCGUCAAGCGAUGACGAAGAAGAAGUCGAGGCGUUCAAUAUGGACUUGGAGAUGUUCUACAGAGAAGACCACACAUUCUUCAAGGUCGUCAUUGGAGAUUUCAACGCCAAGUUUAUUGGACAUCUGAAAUUUAUACAUAUCUGUAAUUAA